AUCCGCAUUGCGCUGCUGAGGAGGAAGGGAUUGCGAUGGACCCGUGCCCGUUCGUGCGGGUGCUGGUCGGCAACCUGGCGCUCAAGAUGCCGGCGGCCCCGCGCGGCUCCGGCUCCAGCGCGGGGGUGCACCCGACCACCGCGCCCUGCUACUGCCGGAUCCGCCUCAACCAGCUGCCCUACCAGACCGCCACGGCCCCGCUGCUGCCGUCCGCCGAGGAGGGCCCGGCCUCGUGCACGGGCGCCUUCGCCGCGGCCUUCCACGUCUCCAAGGCCGACCUCGACCGGGCCACCGCCAAGCCCGCGCUCUUCGGGCCCCGCCGCACCGCGCGGCUCAAGGUGGCGGUGUACCUGGGGCGGAGGGGCACCACGUGCGGCGGGGUCAGCUCCGGGAGGCUGCUGGGGAAGGUGGUCGUCCCGCUCGACCUCAGGGCCGCCGUCGCCAAGCCCGUCGUGUUCCACAGCGGGUGGGUCGCCAUCGGCAAGCGCCGCGCUGGGCGCAAGGCGGCGCCGGCGCCCGCGGCCUCCGGCGGCGCCGCGCAGCUCAACCUGACCGUGCGCGCGGAGCCCGACCCGCGGUUCGUGUUCGAGUUCGACGGCGAGCCCGAGUGCAGCCCGCAGGUGCUCCAGGUGCAGGGCCGCAUGAAGCAGCCCAUGUUCACCUGCAAGUUCUCCUGCCGCAGCAACAGCGACCUCCGCUCAAGGUCGGUGCAGUCUGAUCCGGGGAACGGCGGGCGCAACUGGCUGGCCAAGUUCGGGUCGGACCGCGAGCGCGCGGGGAAGGAGCGCAAGGGGUGGUCGGUGACGGUCCACGACCUGUCGGGCUCGCCGGUGGCGCUGGCCUCGAUGGUGACCCCGUUCGUGGCGUCCCCCGGCUCGGACCGCGUGAGCCGCUCCAACCCCGGCGGCUGGCUCAUCCUCCGCCCCGUCGACGGCACCUGGACGCCGUGGGGCCGCCUCGAGUGCUGGCGCGAGCGCGGCGCGGGCGCCGGCGGCGACUUCCUGGGCUACCGCUUCGAGCUCGUCCCGGACCACACCAACUCCGGCGCGGGCGUGUGCGUGGCCGAGUCCGGCGUCCCGGCGUCCAGGGGCGGCCGGUUCGCCAUCGACCUGACGGCGGCGCAGCCGUUCGGCCGGAGCGGGUCCCCCGUGUGCAGCCCCCGCGGGAGCGGCGACUUCGGGCACGGGCUGUGGCCGUUUGGGAGCUUCCGCGGGUUCGUGAUGUCGGCGGCCGUGCAGGGGGAGGGGCGGUGCAGCAGGCCCACGGUGGAGGUGGGCGUGGCGCACGUCGGGUGCGCCGAGGACGCCGCGGCGUUCGUGGCGCUGGCGGCGGCGGUGGACCUGAGCAUGGACGCGUGCCGGCUCUUCUCGUGCAAGCUCCGCCGGGAGCUCUCGGCGUCCCGCGCCGAGCUGCUCCGGUGACCGGCAUGGGGCGGCGGCAUUGCAGGAGCCGGAAUCGGAAGGAAGGGUACAGCAGGCAGCCGGUGGUAGUGGCCUGGACGGCGAGGGGAAGGAGGGAUGGUGGUCGAGUGCUUCGUUUUCAUCGUUUGUGAUGGAUGAUCUCGUCCGGUCGCGAAAGUUUUGUCGCGGCGAUCGGACGAGCCUUGUUCUUGUGUGUUCUUGAUUGCGGGGGUUCCGGAAGCGGUGAUCACCUCUCGUGAUCUUGGCGCGGAGGGUGGAGCGGACGUUCGUUGAUCGUUUUGUGAUUUGAGCGAGGAGCAAGUAGGUGCUGUUCGUCUUCUAGGUGCUUUUUAAAGUCUAGAAGCAAUCAGAGUAGUCGUGCUGAUGUUUUUGUGUGUGUGGGUGUCUCGUGCCUAUGGUUCCUUUUUGGGAGCUUGCGUCGCUACCGAAGUGGUAGAUUGAGCAAGCUGCGAGAUGUGUGGAGACCGUGAUGGAAUGAUGGGAAACAAAUUCUUUUCGUUU